AUGCGUUUUGCGGGAUUGAGAAAUCCACCCCAGAGCCCGCCGGCCCGUGCAAGGCACUGCGCCCUCGGUCGGUGGGUAUAUGAGAAGGGAGAAGCCAGAGCAGCCAGAGCAGCGAAGGCAGCCAGCAACGGUGCCCAAGGGUACUACUGGUUGGCUUCCACGGCCCUGGCGGGCAUGCGCGGCCCUCCCCCUCGUUUUGUGCGGGUCCGUUGCACCUUUCCUUCGCAGGCCGCUGACGGUCUGCCAUCUUCUUACAUCGCCGCCUUCGCGUGGUGCCCUACGGUCUGCCGGGGUACCGACGAUUGCGGCGAGCACCACCCCAGCACCGCUGCUGCCCUGGCGCAUCCGCCCGGGGGCCAGCGCGGCAUCUGGGAAGACUCCAUUCAGGCGCAAGGGAAUACCCCAUAUGCGCCGAGGGGUGGGCUAUGUGGGUGUUUGGCGGUUCGCCAUACCUGUUCAAAGCCACCGGGGGUACCUACCGGUUGGGUGACGCCUCAGGGCUGA